AUGGGUCCCGACCAGAAGGCUCUCCUCGCCGAGUUGGACAAGCGCUUCAUCGCUCAGGAGCAGCGCUUCGACGAUCUCGCGCGGAAGGUCGCGCUCUCCACAGACUCCUCUGCGAGCCGCCUCGACCAACUGGAGCACGCAGCCAAGUUGUUCGACGAAUGGCGCCCGGGCGUCGACGGUGUGGUUGACGACCUCCGCCUCGAGGUCACCAAGUUGUCUUCUCUUCGGCUCGAGGUCGGGAAGAUCUCCAAGUACAUGGAGCGCACCAUGGUGGACGCCCCGUCGGCAACCCCGGGAGUGUUUGCGUCGAUGCCGGGCGAUGGCGCGCCCACGGCGCCCCCACGGCCUUCGUCGUGGCCAUCCUCUCCGACAGCAUCCUCCCCGAACACCAAGCCGACGUCGUCUCCGACACUGAAGCCGACGCUAUCGCCUACACUCAAGUCCGCCAUGCCUGGCGACUUCAUGGCUGCCCCGCGCCCAUCUGCGGGAUUAUCAGCCAAUCGGCCCAGCGGGCACCGCGUCGAACACUGGAACCGGGAUGGUGAAUUUGGAGUGGUUACCACUCUGAUUCCACCUCCCGGCAAGGGUAUGUCUCCUCGCCAUCCGCCUGUCCCCUAUCCUCUUCCAUGUCCACCGCCACGCCCACCACCACCACCUAACCAUACCUCACACUGGGAGUCGGUUUUCCAAGGGGGAAGUGGGGGAGGUCAUACCGGCAAACUACCAAAAUUUGAUUUCCCAACCUUUGAUGGUCAACACCCCAAGCUCUGGAUUAAACAAGCCACCCACUACUUCAAACUGUAUCGCGUGGAGUCUGAGCUUUGGGUUCAAGCGUCUAACAUGCAUUUUAAGGGCGCUGCAAAACGCUGGCUAUCCUCUGUAGAAGAUGAACUUGAGUCCACUACCUGGUCGGAAUUCUGUAGCCAAAUCCUUGCCCGCUUUGCUAAAGACGAGCACGCCCUGUUAUUGCGUCGCCUGUUUCAGCUGCGUCAAACUGGAACUGUCUCUGAGUACGUCGAACAGUUUGUUGCCUUGGUUGACCAGCUAAACGCUUAUGCUAAGCACCCAGACCCACUCUAUUACAUUCAACGUUUCAUAGAGGGUCUGCGGGAUGAGAUCAAAGUCGUACUUCUUGUUCAGAGUCCAUCUUCUCUCGAUGCUGCUUGUGUCUUCGCGCAAUUGCAGGAGGACGCGUUGGCGGCUACCAGGAAGACUUAUCGGCGCAAUGAUGUGGCCACAGUCCCACGUCAGCCUUGGCUCGGCCACGGCGCGCCAUUACCAGCUCCACAACUGACUCAUCCUGCUGGGGGUGCGGAUCGCGUGGAAGCCACUCCGAUUGCUUCUGCUGAAGAAAAGUUUCGUGCUCUGCGGGCUUCUCGCCGCGCUCGGGGUCUCUGCAUCCGUUGCGGGGCGAAGUGGAGCCGCGAUCACCGCUGCCCAGCCGCCGUUCAGCUUCACAUGGUCCAGGAACUGCUCGAUGUUUUCCCAGACCUGGAUGACAAUACAGAUGAAGACACGCCUGAUCCCAUCCCUGGUGCCCACAUCAUGUUACACCUGUCUAUGGCUGCUAUUGCAGGCGCUUCUGCCCCCAAGACUCUGUGCCUUGACGGUUUCAUUCAGGGUUUGCCGGUUGCAAUCUUGGUGGACUCGGGCAGUUCGCAUACAUUCCUCAGUGCAUCGGUGGCUCAGUCAUUGCACGGGGUUCAGAGUCUAGAUCACGAGAUUCAUGUGCAGGUGGCCAACGGCGCGGUCCUGCGGUGUGCCUCAUUUAUCCCCGGUGCCACUUGGACAGUACAGGGAUGUGCCUUCAAUACUGACUUGAAGAUAUUGCCGUUGUCUGCGUAUGAUAUGAUCUUAGGUCUCGAUUGGCUCUCAAGUUUCAGCCCAAUGCACAUUCACUGGCAGCAUAAGUGGAUCUCAAUUCCUUACAAUGGCAGUUCUGCCUUGCUGUUGGGACGCGAACCUCAAUUACCAGUAGGCUCAGUGAUUCAGUUAACUAUGCUCCAGGCUGAAGUUGCUGACAGUGCCUCUUCUGAUCCCGCACUGUUGCAACACCACCUGAAUCGUGCCAAGACCAGACUCAAGAAGCAAGCGGAUCAACACCGCUCCGAGCGCCAGUUUGAAGUGGGUGACAAGGUCUUCCUCAAGCUGCAACCUUACGUGCAAUCUUCCUUGGCACCACGCUCCCAUCAGAAGUUGGCAUUCAGAUUCUUUGGCCCGUAUGAAAUUCUUCAGCGCGUGGGACAGGUUCUCCAGACUCGGCUGGCGCGUCGUGGCACUGCUUCCGUCCAGCAAGUCCUUGUCAAGUGGAACAACCUGCCAACUUCACUCGCUACAUGGGAGGAUUAUGAAGCCCUCCGCCAGGAGUUCCCUCGAGCCGCUGCUUGGGGGCAAGCAGCGUUCCAAGGAGGAGGGGAUGUGAGCACCUCCCAUACCACCGGCCGUCAUGAUCAGGAGGAAGAAGCUGAUGAUGGACAACGGCCCAAGGCUAUGAGGCCCAGGCGGCCCAAUGCGCGCUACGCAGGAAACGAAUGGGCCAAGUAG